AUGUUAAAAACUAUUAUAAAAUGGAGACUUUUUCCAGAAAUAAAACAUAACUCGUGGAGUUCUAAAAAUUCUGAUGAAGAUUUUACAACUUCGAUUAAUACUUUUAAUACUAUCAUAGACUCUGAUGAUAUUGUAACUUCAUCAAGUGCUACGAGUGCGCAGGAUGAUUCAGAAGACGAUAAAUUUAUAACUCCACCUAAUAAUUUUGGUACUCAUUGGACAGGUUUUUUAUGUUCAAAGCAAGUUAAAAAUACUAAAUCACGUCGAUAUAAUGCCAAGUGUUCAUAUUGUAACAAGGUAUUUGAAGCACGAAAAGAAGCAAUGAUAAGUUAUAUAACAAAUAUCUGUCAAAAAAUAUUAGCUGAUGAUAAAAUACUUUAUAUACGAAAAAUUAAUAAAAAAAAUCCUGAAAAUAUAUCCAAGUCUUACCCAGAUGAAGAUAUAGAUAUAUCUUCAAAAAAACGUAAAGCUACCUUGACAGACUUUUUCAACAAGGCUUCAAUUUCACCAGAUAAAAUUAAUGAGCUUUAUACUUUAUUAUUACAAUCAUUAAUCUAUAGUAAUGUUCCAUUUCGAUUUGUUGAAAAUCCAUUUUCUGCUUUAUUUUUAAAAAAAUUAUACUCAAGUUAUAAUUUACCUUCAAGAUAUAUAUUAACACAUAGAAUAAUGCAAGCAGAAUAUGCAAGAGUAUUAUUAGAAAUGGUUGACCGCCUUGAAGAAUCUAAUGAUUUAACUCUUUCUCUUGAUGCAAAUAAUUUAUUAAUAGCUAUUGAAACUUUAUUAAAAAAUAUAAACUUAGAUUUUAACAAAAUUAUUGCAUUAGUUACAGAUAGUCCUUCGGUUAUGGUACGACUUCGAAAAAAUAUCUCAGAAAAAUAUAAGCAUAUAAUCAGCAUUCGAUUUUGUCUUUCUGUUCAAAAUUAUGAAAAAGGCUUUAAAGCUUGUCUCGAUUAUAUUAAUAACUCUAAUGAAUGUCCCAUUAUUCCAAUUAAGAUUAAAGAAAUAGUUACAAGUCGACGUCACUUUUUAGAGAAUGAGCAAUUAACAAUAAUUCUUAGAUAUAUAGUCGAUGCAAUUGGAAAACUUGAAUUACGUAAUACAACAGUUGGUGAUGUUUUUGCAGAAUUAUAUAAAGUAUAUAAAAAGCUAAAAAUGAGCGAAAAUAGUGAUAUUGAUCAAGAAUUUAUCGAGCAUGCAAAAAAUAUUAUUAAUAUUAGAGCAAAAGAAUUUGAUGAACCAAUAUACUAUUUAAGCUUUUUUUUGCAUCCAAAAUUUCGUAAAAUAGCUGUAUCUAAAAAACUAUCUCUUAAUAAUAUGUUAAUUUAUGCUUUAACAUUCGCUCAAAAAUGGAACUUUACAAGAAAACAAGCUAACCAAAUUUCAGAACAAUUAAACAAUUAUUUUAAUAAUGAACCACCAUAUAAUUCACGUCUUUCUUAUAGAGCUGAAGCAUUAAAAACUUUAGCACUAAAAAUAUUUGCAAUUCAUCCUCAUGCUGCUGGAGUUGAACAGCUAUUUUCAUCCAUGGCAGUAGAAGCUCCUAAAAAAGUUAAAAAUAAUCAAGUAUCAAACAAUACUAAUGAAGAUACAAAUUUUGUAGAAUUAGAAGACUAUGAUACAUUAUUUACCUCAAGUUCCGAUACUAAUGAUGAUAUCGAAUUGGAAAGUGAACUUCAAGAAAUUUAUACAGAAUUUGAAAAUUCAUCAGAUUUAUUUUUAGAACAACUUGUUAAUUUUGAUGUCGAAGAGUUAAUACUAGAAUCAAUUAACAAAGAAAAUAUAACUAAAGCUGAAAUUACAAGUUAA